CGAUUCUCUCGAUACUCUCGUUUCGAACUACCGAUCCUUCCUUUUCCUUUAUCGCUCUGUCGUUACUCUGUCUACCGUUUAUUCACCACCCUCUAUCGUUGUAGUGCCGUUAGCCUCGUUCCUUCCUUUAAAUUACCUUCUUUUAAAAUAAAUUCAGUGUUGCGUGCCUGAAGUCACCGAUUAAGUGAAGACCCCGAGGUGAAAACUGCAGUGUCGAAGAAAUUGUCUUGUCGCGAGGAUGUCCGCAAAUGCGAUGCUUCUCCUUGGCCUCGGUCUUCUGUCUUUUGCCCAUACUUAUGCAGCAGUGCAACGUCCAGGGGUUUUGGAUACGAUUAAAUCGGGUUUGGAAUAUGCUAGCAGCUACAUCGACAUUGCUAAGGAUAUAGCUGACCUUGUCGCUACAAGCUUGGGACACGAGAAACGAAAUCGUGGUGAUAAUGGAAGUGAUCAACCCAGCGAGAACUUUGCUGGAAAGAAAAAAUAUUUUGGAAACCAAGGUCUGGUGGCUGCUUUUUUCAAGCUUCUUGGUCUUGAUCCGACCAAGAUCAACGCCAUCGCCGUUAACAGCGCAAUCUUUCUGGCACAAAUGAUUAGUACUGCCUUCAACUUGAAGUCAAAACUCGAUCGAUCGAGAGGAAUGGACUUGAAAUUAGAAGAAGAUCAAGAUCCACUGACAGAGGAUGGUAAUUGGAUCCGAGGUCCGAUGCGGCUUAUUCUUGAUUCGACGAACGAAAGGAUCCAACGUCUCGUCGCCCAAGCUAAGGACGAAAACUUGCCGAAGCACCUCGUCGAUCGCAUAGACGGACUUGACACGGAUUGUGUUCGUCUUUUCGUCUGCAAGGCUGCGCCGGUUAUUUGGGCUGCCCAAAAUUCCCUGCGUGGAAAAGGAAACGGAAGUAAGAAAUGGGACAUGACUUCGUGGCUCCCUUCCAGACUAGAGUUUCAGGAAAAUGGAGACAAGUGCGAAGAAAAUCACACAGCUUGUCGAUUGUUCCCAGAAUCGUAGGUUUUUUACACGUUACACGUCGCCUAAGAACAUUGUAUUGUAUAUUGUACAUGGAAUGAGAAAUAUAUGUGUAUAUAUAGAUCCGCUCUUUAACGGUUAACGGUCAAGUUAACGAUGUAUAGUAUUUCUGAAUACAUCUCAAACUCUGGAUAUUUUUAAGCGAUGUGAAUACGUAGAAUUUUAUGAUUGCUCAAUUUCAGUUUGGUGAAUUCGCUGUUUCCUGCAGGCAGUUUACGAGGAUGGAAUAUUGCAUCAUCGUUGGUUUUUUUGUAAAUAUUCACAUUAACAGAUGAAAAUGUAAGUUUAAGACAAAUGCAUAAAAUAUCCAAAAAUCUGGAUACUGCUUUUAAAGAUUGAAACGAAAACUGGUCCGUUGCUUAAGGAGGGACUCUAAGGUGGAGGUUGUUUUUUCACCGCAUAUUCUAGAAUUUUUUUUCUAAAAAUCUUU